AUGGAUAAUCCUAUUGAACCAAAUGGAGUGAACAAUUAUGAACAUGCAUUUAUUUUAAUUGUAACACUUGAGGAUGGUAUGCAUUUGCUGUCCACAUAUGCGCUCGACUUGCACCUCAUAAUAAAAGCGACUGAAUUACUAAAGUACUAUAAAUCAAUCCACAAUAGUAUGAUUCAGAGCAUAAGUCAGUUCAUAAUGAUCUCCAUGUCAAUUUUACAUAAAAUGUUGGAUUUCAAGAAGCCAAAGGUUGACGAACAAGGUUAUUCCACUCACAUUCGAUCUUGUACGCGAUUAUCUGUUAAGAUUCUACUAACAGAUCACGAUUCUCAGAACACUCUGUUGUGUUGGUUGAAAGUGAAACAUUGCUUCCGGAUUGCUGUAAUU